ACAACCUUUGACCCAAACAUUCCCAGCAGGUUACUGGAGCUACUCAUCUUUCAGUGUUAUUAUUUGCCCUCAGCUUUUCCUCUUUGUUCUAGCACUCGGUUGUUGUAGCAGUAAUUGUAGCAGCGAUGCCGACGAAUAAAGCCUCCAACCCUAAAAAGGCCAAAGGCGGGAAAGAAAAGAAGGAAGGCAAACGGGACUCGAAAACGGACAAAGAGUCGGACGUGGAGAAGGCCAAGGCCAACGCCGUCCUGUGGGAGCUGAGGUUAAAGGCCACCGAGCAGUCCCUGAGGGACUACACCGAGUCUUGUCAGAAGGUGGCACGCGCAAACGAGCAUCUCACCAAUCAGCUGUACCACGCGGAGAAAGACGCGAUCCAUAUAGCAGGCCACUGGGAGAGACAGCUGGCAGCUAAAGAGGAAAAGAUUUGUGUGCUGGAGAAGGCCUUACAAACUCAGCAGGCACUUGCCCGAGAAGAGAAGGACAAAUUGGUCAGUGAGCUUAACAUGAUCCAGGAAGAAAUGAGAAAGAUGAAAGAAAUAGAAGUCCAAAGGGAGCAGGAUAUCGUUCACAUGAAACAAAGCAGCGAUGAUGCUUACAAGAAGCUAAUGCAACACCUAAGAGAGAAGGAGGAUCAGUUCUUAAAAGAAAUGGAACGCUUGGAGAAAGAAACAAAGGCAUGUAGUCAAACAAUGGCCAAGAUGGCGGAGGACCACCGUGAAGCCAUUGUGCGAUUGAAAGAUGCUUUGCACUCUGUGAUCAAGGAGCGCGACUGCCUCAUUGACAAGCUGAAAUAUCACAUAAAGGAGGCAGAGGAUCUGCAGAAGUUAGCAAAGUUACUGACUGAGGAAAACACCUCACUGGCAUUGGACAAGAGCAUGCUGGAGUUGACGGUAAAGGACAACGCAGCACAGAUGGGGACUCAAAAACAGAAGCUAACUGAACUGAGGGCCGAGGUGGCUUCCCUGGAGGAGGCCCUGCAGCUCAAAGCCGUGGAGAUUGAGCAGCAGGAGAAGAAAGAGAAGGCGAACCUGGUCACCAUCCAGGCCAGCCAGGUGGAGCUGGACAAGCUGCAGAAAGUGCUCGCGAUGCGAGAAAAGGAAAUGAAGAAUGUGAAGCAACUGGCGAGCACCAUUGUAGCAAAGCGCCAAGAGCUGGAGGAGUUCUUCCAUGAAGCACUGGGUCAUGUGAGGAAGGAGAUCAAGGACAGCAGGCUCCAAUACAGACAGGAGGCACUGCAGAGUUAUCGUAGGAGGUUUAGAGAAGCCACAGCAGGAAAGAUAAAGUUCCCACCCAUCCGCACCUUCCAUAAAACUGCCCACAGUACCAACUCUGUCUAUUCAGACAUGGAGGCGGCUGCAACAUGGACGGAUCAACCGGGGAGCGAAGUUGAAAUCUCUGAUCUCACUUGGGAGCAAAAGGAACAAGUGCUCCGGCUUCUCUUUGCUAAAAUGAAUGGAUGCAGAGAAAGCCAAGUCAGCCGACAGGUGGCUCUGCCGGCCUCCACUGAGAAGAGGAGCUUCACGGAGAGCGAUGUAGCCGGAAUUAGAGAGGAGCUGUCCCCGGCGACCAUGAGCACCCCGGCGCCAUCAGAGUCCACGCUGCCAGCCGCCCAGCCAGAUACACACAUCACGUGACCUCCGAGUGGCCUCUGUGUCUCACAUUAAACUGUGCUUGCGUGUUUCCUCAAGAGUGUUAACACAACUAGAAUAUAGGAUGUUUGUUUGUGCUUGUUCAAAAUAUCUUACCGUGCACGCAUGUGCGGUGUGGCAUGUGAGUGCUUUUGCACGUACCUCAGUUUAAAAAAAAGAAAAGAAAGAAAAUCUAUUUGUGACUACAGAGUGCUGAUAAGAACAUAUGCACCAUUUCAGUUUGCUCACACACCUCAUUACCUCCACUUACAUCCUUUCUUUGCACCUUCCAGCAAGGAUGUGACAAGCAGUUGGAACAGAAGUAGCAUCUUAUAAGCUGAAUAGCCGGGUCACCUGUACAAAUGACCCC